AUGCUGCAGUGGUUGGAGGCACAGAUCGAUAAGGACGAGGCAGUGACGGUGACCAAAGUGAAGACCAAAGCGAAGGAGCUCGUCCAGCAGGGCAAGGUCUCGACGGACGGAUUUGCUGUAUCGGACUCCUGGGUUGACAGUUUUAUGAGACAUCAUGUCCUUAAUUGUGUGUUUGGACUAUCGGAUGCCGAGACGACGGACUGCGAGGCGAACGAAGAGAAAGUUGUGGUUGUCAAUACUAUUGUUGCUAAGAGGGCGGAGAAUGGAAAAGCGGGCAAGACGAGUCGCCGAGUGGUGAGGACUAUAAUGGAAAAGAAGGAUUCACGCACACCAGCGACGGCGAACGUUAGCGCACCGCCCGCUGGGAAGAGGAAGCGGGACAGUAAAGGUAGUGGACUAAGCCGACAGGUGAAAGUGCGAAGAUAAGUUAUCAUGGUAAAGUGACUGGUGAAGGUUGUAUUAGAUAGAGCUGUGUGGGUUGAUACUUGUUGUUGCGAGAACAAAAGCUUUCGGCAACAGUUUUGCGAGUACCUAUAUUAAUAACAAUGUGGUGGUGGAGUGACGUCCAAUAACCGUUGAGAG